AUGCCUCGAUAUUUUGAAAUUUGUGUUGUUACCGCUUGUGAACCUAAUGGAACCAAUUGCUUUCCGAUGAUUAUUCAAACAACUUUUUCACGUGACCCAACGUACUUUAAAAUAUAUCGUAUUGCAUUGGUAACGUUGACGGUUACAGUAGUGCCAUGCAUUUUGAUAUUUGUUUUUACAUUAACAAUUUCUUGUGAAUUACGUAAAGCGUAUUUACGACGGAAAUCCUUAUGUCCAAAAAGCAGUGAUCCGACAGUACGGACAAGAAAAUUGGAAAUGAGGAAAGACCGUAAAGCAAACAUUAUGCUUGUUUUAGUAAUAGCCAAAUUUCUACUUUCCGAUAUACUUCCAACUGUUGCUGAUGUCCUCGAGUUGAUUAUGGGUAGUGAAGUGUUCAACACGUCGUCAUCAGCAACAAUCUUAGUAGCGAUUAGUAAUUUUUUGCUUGUGGUUAACUGCUCAACUAAUUUUUGGGUAUUCUUGUUAUGGGGCAAACACUUCCGUGAUAUGUUUAAAGAACUCAUGACCACGUUUACUAUUUGUGCUAAACGGACAACCUCCAAAAACCAACCGGAAAUUUUGUCCAGUUGCUGUGGCCGAACAAAGUAUACGACUUUUGUGGAGUAUGGUGAACGUAACAAAUGUAAUUGCUAUAAAUGUAAACAUCGGAAAUCACAUGAACCUCGAAGCAACGUAGACUUAUUCACUGCAUUAUUACAUAGCGAGCAAAGCAUUCAGCGAGAAGUACCAAGAAGGUUAUCUGCUCUGCAGUGGGAUUACGAUAAACAUAAAAUUCUUGCCGUGCUCGCCACUGAACGACAGUACGACAUGUAA